AUGAUUUCCUGGCCUCGUAUCGUUUUGUUUGGAGAUUCAAUUACUCAGGUGAGUAACAUUCUUCACAAAUCCCCUUCUGUAGAAUGUGUGUCAUAAUUGCAAAUACUUAGUUUGGUUCAGAAGAGACUUCAAAGUAUGCCGUCUCAAAGAUUGCUUUAAACGAAGCAAAAAAUAGAUCAGGUUCUAAUGAAACGGCCUAUUUGAACAACUAAUACUCUAGACUGCGAAUCAAUGAUUUUCCAAAUACCCCAGCAUUUCUAUGUAUUCCCACACAUAUUCAAACUUGGUCUGUGGGGGGUUUGUUGUUAGGUCAUGUUUUCUAAAGCAUAUGUUUUAACAUGUAGCAGGGCACUACAAGAAAAAUGUACUAUGUACAGUUUGAAUGCCAUGUGAGAUAAGUUACAUCGAUCCGGAAUAAAUUGCAUUUGGUUAGAGAAUUUCUCUCGGCCCAAACAAUCUGUAGGUAUUCGAAGAUACGUGGACUGGGGGACCCUGGGUGUGGAAAACUGGUAUAUACAUCCUAUUUUACACAAUAGGUUGGAUAGUACAUCUUACUGGAGAUAAUACAUGUAUACACUUUCAACACAUGAAAUUCAAGACAUAACUGUUCGUUUGCAGCCUAGUAUAUCCUACCCCUUUACAGGUGCCAUUGUAAUGCUAUAAUCAAUGUUAUUCACUUCACCUGUCUAGAGAUUUAAUGUUGUGGCUGAUCAGUGUGUAUUACAAUAUAAUAAAUUGGGCUGAUAGCACAGUAACUCAUACGGACAAACCCCCACUACUGUAGGAGGACUUGGUGUCCCUGUUACAGGUGGGGUAUAUGAAAACUGUACCCUACAGAGGGGUCUCAUUUUCAUUUGCAAAACAUUUAGUAUAGAUACAUCUCUCCACUCUCAACGUCACUUACAUUGUGCAUAUUGCUUAUUCUAGUGUUUUUGCAAACAUAAACAUCUGCACUAUGUCUGCAUGCGUCAUAUAUGGCCUUGCAGCCAUGUGAUUAAAGAAUUUUUCAAAUCAUCAGAACUGGCCCAGUCCCCUAGUAAUGGGGCAAACCAUGAUUUGUCCCCUCCGGCAGCAGAGGAGUUAAACUCUGUAUGUGCAGUGUUUCAUAGCCAAACGCUGUAUAUACGGACUCCAGGCACCUUGACCACAUUAAAUCACUGCAGUGAUCAUGGUGCAUGGUGCAUGGUGCUGUACUUAAUAAAAUGUGUAUUUUGCAAUUAGACAUGCACAAAUCCUUUUCUCUGCAACAAACAAAUCUAAUUCCUGUCAAGUUAGAAACAAAUUGAUCCGUCUAUUAUUUACGUGACAGAUCGAUUUGUUCAGGCUCAGAUUAACAGGACUUUUGUUUGUUUCAGGUGAAACGGACUUGUGCACAAAUCUAUCUGUAACACUUGCAGGUUAAAUUACUUAUACAGAAAAAAAAGAAUAAGGAUGGCAGACCCAGAACAUGGACGUAUUAAUAGAAAUGCUGCUGGAAACCCCAAAGUGUGUGCACAAUACACAUAAUGGGAACAGCACACACAAUGGUGACAAUGUGGUUACCUGAUCUAGAAUUGUUACAUGUAGUAAUACAGCCUAAAUAGUGACAUGCUGUCUGUUUCUUUGUUUUAGUUUGCGUUUGAAACGAAUGGAUGGGGGUCAAUUCUCGCUAAUAAGCUAAUCAGGUGGGUGUAGCACUUGACACUUGAUAAAAGUGUUGAUUUCAACAGAAACUGCCAAUUGGGGCAGAAACACCUCGAUGCCUGUCACAAAAGCUGGGGAAGAGCUGCAGACAGCAAGUAUUCAGAUUUUGUAAGCAUUUCCUCCCCUCCCCCCCCCCAAAAAAAAGAAAACAUGAAGGAUAAAUACAUACAUGUUUUCUAUGUGAGUAGAUCUAUUAAAUACUUAAAGGGACACUGUAGUCACUAUAAUCAUUUCAUCUCUUUGAAUUGGUUCUAGUGCCUGGAGUACCCUGGCACUGUCCCUCCAUUCAGUGUUGCACCAUGUUCGUACAGUAUGCCACAAAAUAAGAGAUCCCUGGCCACCCGCAGUCUGACCCCUUCUGUAUGUGUAGCUAAAGCAGAGAUUACACACUUCCUUGUUGUCAUACCCAUUCAUACCGUCAGUUGGAGCUCUGACAGGCUAAAAGCAGUCAGCUGACACUCUCAGCCAAUCACAGCUGCCCAUUGCUGCUUAGGCUAAUACUUCCUUAUGAGCCAAAGCAGCACAGAGGGGAUGGACUGCCAGGGACAUUAAAAAAUGAUGGUACCAGGGGACUCCAGACACUAUAACCAGUUUAAUGAGAUGAAGCAGAUACAGUGCCUAUGGUGUCUGUUUAAAUAUCCAAAAUCUAUGGUAUUGUCUUCUAUUCAUACCUUAAUUGGGAGAAGCCAUAGAUUAUUUCAGAGCUGAAUAAGGAUAGAAUUUUUGUGAAUUUUGUUUUCCAUGUAGGAAAUGUGAUGUAAUAAACCGAGGGCUGUCCGGUUACAACACAAGAUGGGCUAAACUGAUCUUACCCAAGCUGGUCUCCAAGGGCUGUCAUGCUGGAAACACAGCCGCGGUUACAAUUUUUUUUGGAGCUAAUGACAGCUCCCUAAAAGGUAUUACAUCUCUUCACUUUGUAUCUGUUAUGUUACUGAACAUCUGAUAAAUGUGGGCAAACGUUUCAUGUACAUAAAGGCCCCCUCUGCCCAGAACAUGGGAUAAGCAGAAUCCUAUUCCGAAGAGCUGUUAACCCUCUAAUAAAUGGACGUUAAUUUAUAUAUAUGUUUUUAACAAUGAUACAUUUUGCCAUUUUUUUUAUCUUGAGAGACUAAUUGUGUCAAUUAACCCUACGGUCCAUAUACGGUUAUAAUUAAACCUCCCCUGUCUAGAAUUUCACUUCAAUAAUAAGGACAUACUGAGGCACUCUGAAAGAUAAAUUAAACAAUAUGAUAAUUGUGCGCUUUUUUUCCCCUACUUUACAUUAAAUAGAAGAAAAUCCACAGCAACACAUCCCCUUGGAGGAAUAUGCAGACAAUUUACGAAGUAUGAUACAAUAUCUAAAAUCUAUUGACAUUACUGGAGAUAGAAUUAUCUUGAUCACACCUCCUCCCCUUUACGAGCCAGCCUGGGAGAAGGAAUGUCACCUAAAAGGUAAUUCACACUUACUAUCACUGCCACGUUUCUCUCCGACACUCUCACUAAAAGAGGGAGAAAGUGUGUGAUAUCUCAUCAGUGCAGUCAUUAGGUUAGUAUGGAGUAGAACCUGCCAAAAAUGCAUUACAUGUAUGCUGCGUCAACUAAAUCGCCAUUAUUCUCCCCGCUGCCCCCCUUCCUCCCCCCCUCUCUCUCUCUAUAUAUCUCACUCAAGGGAUUGAAUGAAUAAUCUAAAUGAUAUAGUGUAAGCUUUGGUGUUUUAAAAUACAGUGCAAACAUGUAGAGAAUGUUAGUGUGUGUGUGUAUAUAUAUAUAUAUAUAUAGAGAGAGAGAGAGAGAGAGAGAGAGAAUACACAUGUAAAAUAUAAUUGAUUCGUGGGAGCAAAAUAUUUGGGGUGUAUUUUUCUUCUGAACUGUAAAGUGUACCCCAGAUAUGAAUAUGAGAAUGAGCAGAGAGACUGUGUGGCUAUAGUGCUGAUAACUUUGAUCAUUGUGGUUAAAACGUUAGUGGUUUAAAUAACAGAAUACGUUAGCUUUAUUGCUUCUCAGAACAGUAGAUUGCAGGGGACCUAACUGGACCACUGACUGCAGUUCACCUGCACCUUCAUCUAUAUCUGACCCGUCUAUUCUCAUUACUAAGGAUGUAAGCUGAAUCGAUCCAAUGAAAGAGCCGGUGUGUAUGCCAAAGCAUGCAUUCAGGUUGCCAAUGAAUGUGGAACAGAAAUCUUGGAUUUGUGGACUACAAUGCAAGAAGGUGGCCAGGUAGGAUGAGUAGUGAUAUCUCCUAUAUUGUUUUGGUCUGUUUGUUUAAAUAAAAAAUACACUUAAUGACAAGCUUUCAGGAGAACCUCCCUUUCUCAAGUCUAAAGCAUUUCUGAGCAAGACGACACAUAGAAUUCAAAGUUGAGUUAUGAUACAGGGGGCAAAGCGACAUGAGUGCAGAUAAGACACAGGAUCGAUAGAAAAUAGACACCAUUCUCUGGUGGGGAGAUAAACUUAGUGGAUGUCCUGCCUCCAUGCUUCUAACUAUCAGUGGCUUCCCCUGUCAAGAGCCACACCAACUGUGUAGUUUCUUGCAUGCCUGAGAGUAGAACUGUGUCUAUGAUGGGAGCAUGAUAGAACUUCCGUAGAUAGUCUCCAACCUUGGUCAUCUACUGACCAUUGCUCGAGAUGCUGCCUCUUUGUUAGCCGUUUAGUCUGAUGGGAACUGGCUGGAUGGGGCAGCAGGAAUUCUGUCCAUUGUCACAUUUUGCCAAAUCUUAGGUCUUAUAUGAAAUAAUGUAUUCAAAAUUUCAGGUAUCUCUAGAUGUUGAUAACUUACAACUCCCAGUAUUCUUUGAAUACAAUAGAUAAUUCAGCAGCACAUAAGGAGCAGAGUUUCAGAUGAGUACUUUGUGUCAUGUAUAUCUCAUGAUUGCGUUGGAAUUUCAAAGAAAGUCAUUUAGCUAUAUAACAAUGACAUCCUCACUGUCACAAUGCUGGUUUUCAACCUUUGUCACUCACGGGAUUGAAUGAUUAAUCUAAAUGAUAUAGUAUAAGCGUUUGUUUUAACAAAGUGCAAACAUGUAGAAAAUGUUAUGAUGUUCUGUAAUUAUAGAUUUGUUUUCCUCUUCCCUCUAGGACUUUACACUAUAUCUUUCUGAUGGGCUCCACUUAUCAGAUGAAGGAAAUAGAUUUGUGGAGUCCCAGCUGUGGCAGAUCUUGGAGCGGAAAGCUUCAGAUCUUCCCUUUAUCCUCCCCUACUGGAACGAUGUGGACAGUCUAAACCCCGAAGCCUCCUUGCUUCAGGACAAGAAAACAGAGUCCUAG